GUGUUGUGUCGAAUACUGUUACCGUGUCAAUAUGUCCCCCCCCCACUUCCACCCAGACCUGAACCAAUCCUUACCACCUGAUGGGGGCGCUGUCACUUUACCAGGAAGGAGACGCAGAAGACACUGGCACAGCAGCAGGUGAUCUCACCGACUCCGACCGAGCAAAGUCCUCUUUUCUUCAGGCUCCAGAGGGGGGCCAGAGGACCAGAGCACCGCCCACCGCUCUAUUCACCCUGCAUGAUGGGAAACCUGCUGUUCUCCACCGGUUUCUUCAGGAGUGACACAGCCAUGUGUGAACAGGACAAUGGAGGGAGGUUUAUCACCAGGAAGGUCAGCAAUGGCCUGACUUAUUAUUACGCUACGUUCUCAGGGUCGGAUGGCAGGGAAGAGACAUUAUGUGCUGCCAAAAACUCUCAAACCUCAACUGCACUUUGCCCCAUCUCACUUUCAGCUCUGCCCCACAGCCACUCCGCUUCCUCCUCCUUCUCCUCCUCCGCAGAUCCUUCCUCCUCACCUCUGCUCUCAGAUUCACCGUCACACACAUCUGCCUCCUCCCCAAACCAAUCAGAUCCUGCAUCCACUUCCCGUCCUCUUCUCCUUUUCUUCUCCUGGCUCGGCGCCCGGCCGGCUGCGGUGGCCAAGUACAGGGACCUUUAUCUGGACCGCGGCAUGGACGUCCUCCUGGUCCAGAGCAACGCCCUGCACUUCCUGUGGCCUCGAUGGGGGCUCGACUACGGGUUGGAGGUCCUGAAGGUUCUGGAAGAGCCUCAGUUCUCAGGGAGGCCGGUGCUGGUCCACGCCACCUCCAUCGGCGGUUACACUUUCACCCAGACGCUCACCCACAUAGCUCAGGGGCAGGAACAACAUGCAGGCCUGGCCCAGAGGGUGAUAGGACACGUCUAUGACAGCUUGGUGGCUGGCAGUCUGGAGCACAUGGCGAUAGGCCUUGGCAGGACCCUGGUGCCACGCUUAGAGAGCUUUGUCAAAAACGUCGCCAUGUUUUACUUCUGGCUCUUCAAAACCCACACGGCAGACGUCUACAACGACUGCAUCCAGGUGUUCCACAACAGCCCGAUUACGGCGCCGGCCCUCUUCUUCUACAGUGAAAACGACGCCCUGUGCGACCCGGCCGCCAUGGAAAAGAUAAUUGACCUCUGGAGGAAGAGGGGCGUGACCGUGGAGAGCAGGAAAUGGAAGGAAUCGAAACAUGCGGCCCACAUGCGAUGCCACCCAGAGGACUACCUCUGUAUGCUGGAGAAAUACUUGAACUCGCUCGCCAUUCCCUCGCUCAAAGCAAAAAUGUAAACUGUUGCGGGCGUAAAGGUUUAGUUUGAUUGAUAUUUAAAACUGUAAAGCGCUUUAUGAUUUCAAAGACCAGCAUGAGUAACAGUGGAGUUUAACAUUGUUAUCUCUCCCUGUAAGCCUUCUCAGUUGUUUGUCUUUUGAUUUGAAGCAAGGUUACAUUUAAAGCGAUAUGCACUAUUUGAUAAGUACUGUAGAAGCCUUCGUCAUGUGAUGCUUGCUUUGCACAUGAGGUGUUCUCUAUUGAGCUGUUGUUGUUGCACCUUAAUACCAGAGAUCUGUUGUUUGCACAAUAGAUGUAAUAAAACUAUAAGAGCUCAAAUGUGAAAUGCAUUGUUCCUAACCUCUGAUUUUUAAUCUUUGCUCUAUUUGUUUCAGCAGAAAAGCACCAAUGUACAUAAACCGCUUACAUCGGAUUUACAUGCAUGUGCAUGGUGGGAUUUAGUUUGUUCAUGAGGGUGAACUGUGGAGGACCACAAGAGUCACAGAAAUAGUAAUAAAGCAUUUAAUUGAUUAAUAACUAAUUGUACAAUUUAAACAGGCGUUAAUACUUUUGUUUUCAAAUAAAUUAAUUAAUAUAUGAAUAGAUGGACAAAAUUCUAAGUAAUCCAUUAUUUGACAUGUUAAUGAGCAAUAAAAAGAAG